AUGGGGAUUACUGAAGCAUUGCGGUUGCAGAGAAAUAUUGUUGCCUCUGGUGGACUUGGAGGGGAGGUAUUCAUGUGGGAUCUCGAAGCAGCCCUUGCUCCGGUCUCAAAGUCAGGUGAUUCUGUGGAAGAUGAUUGUUCAAAUGCCACCAAUGGUUCUGGAAAUGCACAACCGAUUACAAGUUUACGUACUAUCAGCUCUAGCAACAACAUUUCUAUGCACACAACUCAGGCACAUGGAUAUGUUCCAAUCUCUGCCAAAUGGAUCACUUCUUGUCUCUGGUGGAACAUAUGCAUGAUAAUGGAUAUGUUCCAAUCUCUGCUUCUUGAUUCUACUGGCAGGUUUUGCUUAUCAGGAUCUUCUGAUUCAAUGAUUAGACUAUGGGAUCUUGGUCAGCAAAGAUGCGUGCAUUCUUAUGCGGUGCACACAGAUUCUGUUUGGGCACUUGCCAGUACGCCAACGUUUAGUCAUGUAUAUAGUGGUGGGAGAGACCUUUUUUUGUACUUGACAGACUUGACCACAAGAGAGAGUCUUUUGCUUUGCCAAGGAGAACACCCCAUUCUGCAGUUGGCUCUAGAUGAUGAUAGCAUAUGGGUUGCAACAACAGAUUCUUCAGUUAAUAGAUGGCCUGCUGAGGGGCGCAAUCCUCAGAAAAUUAUCCAAAGAGGUGGCGCUUUCUUGGCCGGAAAUUUGUCAUUCUCAAGAGCAAGGGUGUCCUUGAAAUGA